AGUCCAUUGAAAUUCUGAAAAAUAACAAAAGCAAAUACUUUAUUGCAAUUUUUUUAGAAUAACGCUAAUGCUUUUACGACGCAAAAAGAAUAAACGUAUACGGCUCUUACGCGGAACUGCCCGACCCGAAAACUUGUGCGGAUGUCUAUUGCAACAGUUUGUUUUUACAGCUGAUAGCGUCCCGCUAGCGUUUAAGUGGCUUCUUCUCUUACCUUCAAUUCCAUACAAGGCAGUCCUAGACUCCUAAACCCUGCGAAUCUCUCCGCCAAAACCACCAACUCCAAAGCGCCGUGGAAUCUGAGUUUCUUGUCACAGAUAAAACUAAAAUCCUAAGAAUAAGAAGGAAAGAAGAGGAAACUACAGAAUACCGAGAGAGAAUGCCGGGCGAUCGGAGGAUUGGUGUGGCGAUGGAUUUCUCGGCCAGCAGCAAGAACGCUCUCAAAUGGGCUAUCGGUAACUUAGCCGACAAGGGCGAUACUCUCUACAUCAUCCAUGUCCAACACAACUCCCUCGAUGAGUCUCGUAGCCGCCUCUGGUCCGCCUCUGGAUCUCCUCUUAUUCCACUGGCGGAGUUCAGGGAGCCGGAGGUGAUGAAAAAGUAUGGCGUGGUAACCGAUAUCGAAGUUCUGGAUACGCUCGACACUGCUUCCAGACAGAAGGAGGUGACAAUCGUCAGUAAGCUUUACUGGGGAGAUGCGAGGGAGAAGCUCUGUGAAGCCAUUGAAGAUCUGAAGCUGGACUCACUGGUUAUGGGAAGCAGAGGGCUCGGCACCAUCCAGAGGAUACUCUUGGGAAGUGUGACUAAUUAUGUGAUGACACAUGCACCAUGCCCUGUUACCAUCGUCAAGGAUCCAAGCUUCCCCAACAAGCACUGAUCUGAAAGUACUAGUAUCGACAUCGCAUGUGUUUCAUUCUAUGUUUCUCUAUUGUUCUAAGUCUUGACAUGAAGAAACAAUGUUUUUUUUUGCUCUCCUAUAGGCUUAUGCUAUGAAUGGUUUAUCAA